AUGGCAGGAAAAGUGAAGUGGGUCACUGACAUCGAGAAGUCCGUGCUGAUCAAUAACUUCGAAAAGAGAGGGUGGAUCCAAGUGGCAGAAAACGAGGACUGGAAUUUUUACUGGAUGAGCGUGCAAACGAUCCGAAAUGUUUUCAGUGUCGAAACUGGCUAUCGGCUCUCGGAUGACCAAAUAGUCAACCAUUUUCCAAACCACUAUGAGCUGACCCGCAAGGAUCUGAUGGUGAAGAAUAUCAAAAGAUACAGAAAAGAGCUGGAGAAGGAGGGGAGCCCUCUCGCCGAGAAAGACGAAAAUGGAAAAUACCUUUAUCUGGAUUUUGUCCCGGUCACCUACAUGCUGCCUGCCGACUACAACCUGUUCGUGGAGGAGUUCCGGAAGAGCCCGUCUAGCACCUGGAUCAUGAAGCCGUGUGGCAAAGCCCAGGGGAAGGGCAUCUUCCUCAUCAACAAGCUCUCGCAAAUCAAAAAGUGGUCCCGGGACAGCAAAACGUCCUCGUUUGUGUCUCAGUCUACGAAGGAAGCCUACGUCAUCUCUCUCUACAUUAGCAACCCUCUGCUCAUUGGCGGGAGGAAGUUUGACCUGCGCCUGUAUGUCCUGGUGUCCACAUACCGCCCACUGCGCUGCUACAUGUACAAGCUGGGAUUUUGCCGGUUUUGCACGGUCAAGUACACGCCGAGCACCAGCGAGCUGGACAACAUGUUCGUGCACCUCACCAACGUGGCCAUCCAGAAGCACGGGGACGACUACAACCACAUCCAUGGCGGCAAGUGGACUGUGAGCAAUCUGCGGCUGUACUUGGAGAGCACGCGCGGCAGGGAGGUCACCAGCAAGCUGUUCGACGAGAUCCACUGGAUCAUCGUGCAGUCCCUGAAGGCCGUGGCGCCGGUGAUAAACAAUGACAAGCACUGCUUCGAGUGCUACGGCUAUGACAUCAUCAUUGACGACCGGCUGAAGCCCUGGCUGAUUGAGGUCAACGCGUCCCCAUCUCUCACCUCCAGCACCGCCAACGAUCGAAUCCUGAAGUAUAACUUGAUUAACGACACCCUCAAUAUCGCGGUCCCGAAUGGCGAAAUUCCAGACUGCAAAUGGAACAAGUCGCCCCCGAAGGAAGCCCUUGGCAAUUACGAAAUUCUGUACGAUGAGGAGCUGGCCCAGGGCGACGGGCCUGAACGGGAGCUGAGAAGCCGGACGGGGCAGCCGCUGGGGCCCAAAGGCAGCCGUUCGAGGGACUCGGGGAGAAACGUCCUCACAACCUGGAAGUAG